CAAAACAAAAAUUCGCUGGCAAAAGAAAGUAGAAAUUACUUACAAGCAUGUUCAUUUUCUUGAUUUUCUUGAUUUGCUCAGCGCAGUAUCUCCAAGAACCGAGAUUUGCAGCAGGGCAAGACGAAUGCCUGCCGACGAGCUGCCACGCGCCGGGCCCUAUUAUCCGCUUCCCUUUCCGGUUAAUCGGCCGGCAGCCGGAGCGCUGCGGCUAUCCGGGCUUCGAUCUCUCCUGCAGCUCCACAAACACCACUGAGUUCGAGUUCCAGUACCCGGUUCGGGCCUCGGCCCGCAACACCGUCCUCCCCAUCUCAGCAAAAGCCACCGUCCUGGAAAUCGACUACAUGAACCAGGUGAUCCGGGUCAGCGUCCUAAACGGGUCAUGCCUCCCGAACCGGGUCCCUCAACUCAGCUCCGCCGCCGCCCCCUCCCCCUUCGAAGUGGACCUUAGGUACGAUAGCAGUGGAUACACACUUUUCAACUGCUCCAAAUUACCCGAUUCGAGAGCCGCUUCGUACCCGGUUACCUGUCUGAAUCACGGGGGUUUCCGAGUUUACGCAUUCGGAUCUUCUUACUCGGUCACGGAUUUCCCAAUGUCGACCUGUCUGAAGAUGUACAACAUCUCCGACAUCUCGCGGGUGCUUUUCGACGGUCCCGCCGAAUUCUCCGUCGACGACACGUAUUUGCGCUGGCCGGAACCCUCGUGCAGGACUUGCGAAGCGAGUCGAAAGUACUGUCGGUUGAAGAUCAAUGGAACCAACGGCGAAACCGAAUGCUUCGACAUACCUAAAGAACCUGAUCAGACCAACGACUCGAAAAAGGUGGUUAUAGCAGUUGCGGUGAUCGGUGUUUUUGUAACGGCAGUAGCAUUGGCCGCAAUUUUAUACGUCUACAUCACGAAGAAGAGAAAACGGGAUAACGGGAAAAGAAUAUCUCGAUUCUUGGAGGACUACAAAGCCCUUAAGCCAACGAGGUACACUUACUCCGAUAUCAAGGUUAUAGCCGACGGAUUCAAGCAUAAGCUAGGUCAAGGCGGUUACGGAACAGUGUUCAAAGGGAAGCUCUCGAACGACAUUCCCGUUGCAGUUAAGAUCCUAAACAACACCAAAGGAAACGGGGACGAAUUCAUCAACGAAGUCGCCACAAUAGGCAAGAUCCACCACGUGAAUGUUGUGCGUUUGGUCGGAUACUGCGCGGAUGGGUACAGACGGGCUUUAGUGUACGAGUUCUUGGAAAACGAUUCCCUCGAAAAGUACAUUUCGUCGGGGAAUCAAAGUAGCACGCUCGGUUGGGAGAAGCUGCACAGCGUUGCUUUGGGCGUGGCCAAAGGCAUCGACUAUUUGCACCAAGGGUGCAACCAAAGAAUCCUCCAUUUCGAUAUCAAGCCGCACAACAUCUUGCUCGACCACAACCUCAGCCCGAAAGUCGCCGAUUUCGGCCUCGCGAAAUUGUGUUCGAAAGAACAGAGUGUGGUGACUAUGACCGGUGCACGAGGUACGAUAGGCUACAUUGCGCCCGAGGUUUUCUCGAGGAAUUUUGGGAAGGUUUCGUACAAGUCGGAUAUUUACAGCUUCGGGAUGUUGCUGCUAGAUAUGGUCGGUGGGAGGAAGAGUUUCGACGCGGGAGUGCAAGAAGACAGCAGCGACGAGAUUUACUUUCCGGAAUGGAUGUACAAUAAGCUGGAUAAAGGGGAAGAUAUAGCGAUCGAGAUCGAGAAAGAGGGCGAAAGCGAGAUAGCAAAGAGGCUGAUAAUCGUGGGGCUUUGGUGUAUUCAGUGGUACCCCGUCGAUAGGCCGUCUACGAAAGUCGUGAUUCAGAUGCUCGAAGGGGAGAAUAUGCCCGUUAUGCCCCCGAACCCUUUUGCUGCUUCGAAACCUGCAAACGCAAAUUCGACCGCAAGUACCGGGAGCUUAUAUCACAGUGUCGAAACUAGUUUAGGUAGUAACUGAGUGUAUGUAUAUCUGCUUAUUACACCACCAAGAUUUUUACACAGCAAAAGAGUUAUGUUCUAGAAAUUACCAAUUUAUGCGAAAAAAAAAAAGAAACAAGAAUCAAGAAA